AGAAACCCCAAAUUUAUAAGGAAAAAAAACAUAACUAAUUUUCAUAAAACGGCACCCUUGACUGCGUUUAUCCCAAAAUUUUUGAAAACAAAACAUCCAUUCCCACCAAAAUCAUUUUUAUGAAAUCCUAGAAAUACAAAUCCAAAUACUAGAGAGAGAAACGGCAAAAUUAUUGAAAGAAAACCUAAUCCUGUAGAGAGAAAUGGAUGUGAAGCAAGCUGGUUCAUCACUCGAUUCACUGAUUUCUUCAUUCAAUACUCGAAUCGCUGAGUUACAAGAACUCGUUAUUGCCCGAAACAUGUAUCCGGCGAGCAGCGUCACCGAUUUGAAGGCGGUGGACACAGCAUUGAAGGCGAUGGAGCUGCAAGUGCAAGCUAUCAAAGACCGCUUGCGUGAGGAGACCUUGGCGAUCCCUAAAGCUAAAAAACUAAUCGAAGCAUCACUAAGGCAGCAGAAAAAAUUGCAAAGUAUGUCUGUACAUGUGCCAGAAAGAACAACCUUCUCGAAUUCGGAAAUUAAUAAUAGAAGCAUUCUGCCAGAAGCAUCUAAUCAACUUCCUGGUUUUGGUCCAUCGAAACCUGAGGAGCCUGUAGCAACACACAAGGAGAAAAAGGGUCGUAGCUCUCCACCAUUGUGGUAUAUAACUGCUGCUGAGCUGGAUUCCCUAUCUUCAUACAUGAGAGGAAGGCUCACCCUAGAUAAGGUCAAUGCAGCUAUUAAUGACAUGGCAGCAUAUGCUGAUUCAAAUUCUCAGCUUAUUACAGCCCCAAAGAAGAAGCUGGCUGAGAAUCUCUGGGAAAAAGCAUUGGAACUAAGGGAUAUUGCGAUGACAGAAUCAAUAAAGGGAAAACACUUUUUUCUUGAAACUGAUAUAAAAGGACCUAGCUUGAAGCUUGACAACACAGGAAAAGCGAUUUUGACUGUUCUUCGCCACCUUGGUCGCAUCAGUGAGACUCGAAUUGGGCAUCAUCGUGUUAUCAUUCUUUCGAAGCCUCAAACUUGAUGACAUCUGAAGUAUGAAACACAUCAUGAAUAUAACUUCAAGGAAUGUUUUGGUCGCUUUGCAGGCAGUGGAAUCAGUGAAGUUAUUGAAUCAUGCCCUUGUGUACCCGAGUUGCUAGUAUCUGACUCGGUUGUAUCAUCACUGGCUUUGCAAUUAACUUUUUUAACUAAUAAAGGAUUUUGUAUUGGCGUGACUCAAACCAUGCUGUGCCUGAUGGAAAACGCGUCCCUAUGUUCAUCAAUGCUACGCAAAACAUCAAAAAAGUAAAAACCCUUGCCCCCUGAACUAACCCCCCCUCUCAACUGUGCGGCUAUCAAUGUUCCUGCUGGGCUAGAGUCCGCAUACUUGAACUACUGGCUAGCCACACCAGCUGCAUACUUGAACUCGGUUAUCAAGUGUGAAUUAAAUGCUAACAAAUCCUGUAAACCUAACUUGGUUCGAACCGCGUUUCAGUUGCCUUGUGAUGCCCUCAUGUUACCAGCGGCAAGGUUGAAGCGUAUCAAAAAACAUUUAUUCAUACCAAAUCCAAAA